AUGAAGUCUAAGAUUAUUUUAGGGUUAUUGCUGAUUUGCAUGUUAGCCACAGCGCAAGCUGCAACUACUUACCAGUUGGUCUACACUGUGACUAAAGUGUUCACUGAUAACGAUGACGGCUCAUCUAAUAAUUCUGUUAAUAAUUCUUUGUUUGCCGCUAAUGGAUCGAGCAUAGCUAACAUUGGCCAAGUAGUAAACGACAUUACCAUAAAGAAUUCAACAAAG